GCCUACUACGUGCCAAUGGAAGAACCGUCACCGCCACCACCACCAGAGAUUCACUUUCCCGCAGCCAUUCCCGAGUCCGAGACUCUGUCACCGUCUAGUGAUAUGCAGUCCGCGGUGGUGGAUGAUUCGCUCUCCUCGGAUUCACGGCUGCACCGUCUGACGGCUGUCUUCUGUCGAGUGGUCACCAACCCUGUCUGGCUGGGUACGACUAUAACAACCGUCACAGAGCAGACCAUUGUUUCAGCCUUUCUAACCUUCGCUGCCAAGUACAUCCAGGCUCUCUUCCGGGUUCCCGCCCAUAUUGCUAGUAUUCACACAGCAGGCUGUGCGUGCGGAGGGCUCAAGUGGGGGAAGAGGUGGGAGUGUGUUGUUGUCGACGUUGUCCUGCAACCGAGGACAAUUGCUACGAGUUGCUAG